GGAGCAAAGACAGAAAAGAUUUGAAGUAACGGCGCAUGCGCAAUUUUGUUCCCGCCAUUUAUUUUUUUACUACGCCCGAUACCAGUCUUUAUCUUCCCUCACAGAAGCCACCGCUUGCGCAUGCGCGGUAGGCUCAGUUAUGGCGGAGCGCUCUGGUUGCUACUCUACGCAGAGACUGGCCCCUCCCUUCACCAUAGUAACGAAAGUAGACAGAAGGACGUGAGCUCCGCCUCUCUGGCGGCAAGAGGCCACGCCCGCUCAACCGGCGUCUGCGCGCUUAAAAAGAAGAGAGGGGCUGCUGGUGAGUCCCGCCUGGAGGGGGCGACACGCGUCUAGGACACGCGUCGCACGCGUUGUGUUUGGAGUCUUUUGAAAAGCGGAAGAAGUUCACCUGUCUUGCCGCAAGACUAGAUGCAAUGGCCACCAGUUCGGUUCAGUAAAAGGACAACACUAUGGGAGGCGGAGGGAAAGGGAAGGGCAAGGGCAAACGGAAGGGCAAAGGCAAAGGGAAGAAAUCCAAGAAGGCCGCGGGCGAGGUGGACAUCUUGAGCCCAGCCGCCAUGCUCAACCUCUACUACAUCGCCCACAACGCAGCUGCCUGCCUGGAGUUCCGCGGCUUCCCCUGGCCGGGUUCUCUGAAAAAGAAAGGGAAGAAACGGAAGUAGUGAGCCAACCUUGGAAAGAGACUGAGGCUAGAGUCUCGUGGGGGAGAGACUGAGAGCCCCUCUUUGAGAGCAGAGAAGAGGAAGGCUUUUACAGGAACUGGGGCCAGAAACAAACAAAACCUCAGAUUUUUCACUUUGCCAAAAUCUCUGUGGGCAAGAAGAUGAAGGGGCUUCUGCUUCCAAUGGCAUUAAAGAAGUAAAGGUUGCGUUGA